AUGUUUUAUGAUAAUAUAAAAUAUUACCAAUAUUCAUUUAGGGAAGGAUUUUGUAGUGGAAAUGGAAUAAAUAAAAUAAGUUGCAUUUUUGGUAGUAGUAUAUUUGAUGGUGUGGGUGGCAUUGGUAGAAAUGGAGAUGAUAAUGGUGGUGGUGGUGGUAGAGUAUUAAGAAGAAGAAGGGAUAAUAAUGAUAUUAAUAGAAUUAUUGGUGAUGGUGGUGGUGGUGAUGGUGAUUUAAUUUUAAAUGAAGAGGAUGAAUUUAUUGAUGAAGUGGAUAUUAUGUGUAUUAACUUUUUUAAUUUAAAAAAUUUUAAAAAAUUUUUUGCUUUAAUAAUAUUACAGUAUUUAUUUGUUAAAUUUUUUGGUCCAGUUUGUUUUGUUUUUACUAGUUUUUUUUUAAUAUUUAAUAAUCUUGGAAAAAAAAAAUCAAAGGAUGAAAUUAGUGCAUAUAGUGUUUUUAAUAAAAAUCAUUCAAAUCUUGUCAAAGGGCCAAAUUUGAUUGCCAUAAAUUUUGUUUAA